AUGCUGCUCGCCAUCGGCGCGCUCGUCGCCGCGGCGCGCGCCGAUGCGCCGCGGCGCGCGCCGAUCGCGCCGACGCUGCGCGCGCCGCGGCCGAUCGCGUCGACGCUGCGAGCGCCGCGGCGCGUCCUCAUGCACCGCAAGCACCCCGAGAAGCGCGCCGCCUGCGAGCCCGGUUCGUGCACCUGCAAGGCCUGCUGCGCGGCCAAUAUGACGGCCCACGCCUGCCGGGCCUGCGUCGUCGCCGAGGGCUGCGUGAAGGUCGACGACGCGCCGUCGCGCGCCGGCCGCCCGUUGGACCCCGACCCCGCGGCGCGGCCGCGCGCGUGCUGGCCCGCGGACGGCUCCGCCUUCGACGGCGGCGAAGCCUAUUGGCUCAACAUCGCCGACGUGGAGGCCGAGCGCUUCAACCAGCCGCAGUUCAUCCACAUCGCGAAAACCGGCGGCUCCGCGAUGCGGCGCUGCGUGCCAAAGGCGCGCCGGCCGUCCGGCGGCAGCAAGGCGCGGCCGGACCACGUCUGCAGCAGCGACUGGCACGUGCCCCUACGCGCCUACGACGCGUCGUGGCGCGCGCGGACGAUGGCGGACUGGCCGACGUUCUGCGUCGUGCGGCGCCGCUGCCGCGUCUUCCGAGUCGACAUUUUCCCCGGAAACCGCCGGUCCCCCGCANGCACCCCUACGAGCGGAGGGAAAGGAAGCCAGAUCACCGUCGAGCGCCACGACACGAUCCUGGACCUCUGCGCCUGCGUCAUCUACGGCCACGAGGUCGCCGUCAUCGACUGCGAGAAUGUGUUGCGGACCGAGGAGACGAUGAAGAUCGAUCACGACAAUGCCCUCGUCCUCAUGUCCGACGGCGUGCUGCUGUGGGUGCAGACCAACCUGCUGAAAGCGAAAACCAUGGAGCAGGGGUCGAACCUGAGCAAGGAGCAGCUCCUGGCCUACAUCAAGAAGCAGAAGAAGGCCAUCGCGGCGCUGACGGAGGACAAGGCGGCCAAGCAG